UCUGGGGCUGCAGGAGCAUGCCAAAGCCCUGAGGGCAGGGACUGUGACCAGAGGAGGACCCCACAACUGUGAAGCCUCUCAGCCCAGGAAGUGGACAAGCCCAAUCAGGCGGACAUCGUGAUGCUGCAGCAGCUCUUGAUCACCUUGCCCGCUGAGGCCAGCACCUGGGUGAAGUUGCAUCAUCCAAAGAAGGCCAAGGAGGGGGUGCCCCUAUGGGAGGAUGUGACUAAGAUGUUUGAAGGAGAAGCUCUGCUAUCUCAGGAUGCUGAUGAGACCCAGGGAGAAAGUUUAAAGGAUGAAGGGACUUCUGGGGCCCAGACAGCAGAAUUCCAGGAACGGUUGACCUUCAAGGACAUAACUGUGAACUUCACCCAGGAGGAGUGGGGGCAACUGACCCCUGCUCACCGGAAUCUGUACCGAGAGGUGAUGCUGGAGAACUACGGGAACCUGGUCUCAGUGGGAUAUGAAUUUUCCAAACCUAGGGUGAUUUCCCAGUUGGAGAAAGGAGAAGAGCCAUGGAUGACAGAGAAAGAAAGCCCAGGACAUCCCAAUGCAGACAUGAAGAGUAAAACAGAAACCAGUACAUCAACUGCAAAGAAUGACAUUUUACAGGAACAGUUAUAUCAAGGCAUUAAGAUGGAAAGGUUCAUGAGGGAUGAUGUAAUUGAUUCCACAUUGAGAAAAGUCUCCAAAUAUGAUGAGCUAGAAAGGCAUCAGGACACCAAUGGAAGAGAUGGAAGACAAGCCAUCUUGCUCCACAAGAAGAGAGGCCAAGAAACUAACAAAUUUGGGGGAAAUAUUGUGAAUUCAAAUGUUAUUAUAGAACAGAGGUACUGUAAAUAUGACACACUUAGAAAGAGGAACAAAUACAAAUUAGGUCUGAUUAGUCAUCCAACAAGUUACAUAAGAACAAAAACCUAUGAAUGUAAUAUAUGUGAAAAAAUCUUCAAGCAACCCAUUCAUCUUACUGAACACAUGAGGAUUCAUACUGGUGAGAAACCUUUCAGAUGUAAGGAAUGUGGAAGGGCCUUUAGUCAAAGUGCGUCUCUUAAUACCCACCAGAGAAUCCAUACUGGUGAGAAGCCUUUUGAAUGUGAAGAAUGUGGCAAAACCUUCAGACAUCGCUCCUCUCUUAAUCAGCAUCACAGAACUCACACUGGAGAGAAACCUUAUGUAUGUGAUAAAUGUCAGAAAGCUUUCAGCCAGAACAUUAGCUUGAUCCAACAUUUGAGAACUCAUUCUGGAGAGAAACCCUUUACAUGCAACGAAUGUGGGAAAACCUUUCGACAAAUUAGACACCUAAGUGAACAUAUAAGAAUUCAUACUGGGGAGAAGCCCUAUGCGUGCACUGCAUGUUGUAAAACUUUUAGUCAUAGAGCGUAUCUAACACAUCAUCAGAGAAUCCAUACUGGGGAGAGACCCUACAAAUGUAAAGAAUGUGGGAAAGCCUUUAGGCAGAGGAUCCACCUUAGCAACCAUAAAAUUGUUCAUACAGGAGUGAAAGCAUAUGAAUGCACACGGUGUGGAAAAGCCUAUAGGCAUGAUUCAUCCUUUAAGAAACAUCAGAGACAUCACACUGGAGAAAAACCUUAUGAAUGUAAUGAAUGUGGAAAAGCCUUCAGCUAUAAUUCAUCACUUACUCGGCACCAUGAAAUACACAGGAGGAAUGCCUUCAGAAAUAACGUGUAAAAAUAGAUUAUAAAAAAGAUUAUCCAACAUGAGAACAAAAGCCAAGUUUAAAUCACUGAUUCUAUGCUUUUAAAUUUCAGAACUCUAUAAAUGUGAGUUAUUGAUAUAAUGAUGCCAACUUCUAAUUUUGCCCAUUGUGUAAAUAAACACUACAUUGAUAACUACUAUCUACACUUCCAUACAAAGUAUUUAAAAAUAAAGGAUGGUCCUUCCAAUUAAAUUCAGCAAUAUGAAAAAUGAACACUUUAUUAUUUUCCUGACUUCAUGGUUGAUUAAUAAAUUAUUAUGCAUGGGCAUUCAGUGAUUUACAGACCAGUAUAUGGGAACUACUGCUUAAAAUGU